AUGGCCAACACAGCACAUCUCGUCAGGAGACAGAGUUCCCAGAACUUGAAUCCCCAGCGAUCUCUCGACCGCCUCGAGAUGAAGGAGAUGCGCGGACGCCUCGUCGUCGAGAAUGGUGGCUCCAACAGCUAUGGGGCUACCAACAUCGCCUUCGACGACUCCAGCCCCAACACGAAGGUACGCAACUCCACAUAUGAGAAAAGACAUCUUACAAGCCCCAAAAGCUGUUGUACGAGGAUGGGCUCGGGGGAAGGGAAGCAGGUGUUUCGACCCGAGGCGGGCGAGGACGAGCGCGAGUCGUGGGACAGCAAGCUGACCUUCCUGCUGGCCACCGUCGGCUACGCCGUCGGGCUCGGCAACGUCUGGAGGUUCCCUUACCUCGCCCAGAAGAACGGCGGCGGUGCAUUUCUGAUACCAUACUUCGUAAUGCUGGCAAUAGAGGGCAUCCCCAUUUUCUACCUGGAGCUUGCCAUUGGACAGAGACUGAGGAAAGGAGCCAUUGGCGUCUGGAACCAAGUGUCUCCAUACCUGGGAGGCAUUGGUAUUAGCAGUGCCGUAGUGUCCUUCAAUGUUGCACUCUACUACAACACUAUCAUCGCUUGGUGCCUCUUUUAUUUCGUCCAGAGUUUCCAGUCAGACCUGCCAUGGGCAACGUGUCCUAAUAGAUACCAUGAGAAUGGUUCAUAUACUGUGGAACCUGAGUGUGUUACGAGUACACCAACACAGUACUUCUGGUACAGAACAACACUUAUGGUAUCUCAGGAUAUCAAUAGCCCUGAAGUUUUCAACUGGAAAAUAGCCUUAGCCCUUGUUGUUGCCUGGUUACUUGUUUAUAUGUGCAUGAUCAAGGGAAUAGCUUCUUCUGGGAAGGUUGUAUAUGUGACAGCCACUUUCCCUUACAUUGUUCUUAUUAUAUUCUUCUUCCGUGGAGUGACAUUGAAGGGAAUGUCAGAUGGUUUAAGGCAUCUGUUUACACCAAAGUGGUGGACACUUGCUGAUCCUGUGGUGUGGUUGGAAGCAGGAACACAGAUUUUCUUUUCACUUGGUUUAGCUUUUGGAGGCCUCAUAGCUUUCUCAUCUUAUAAUCCAGUAAAUAACAACUGCUACCGUGAUGCCAUCAUGGUCUCACUUACCAACUGCUUCACCUCAAUGUUUGCUGGAAUUGUGGUCUUCUCUGUUAUAGGUUUUAAAGCAACAAUGAUUCAUGAACGUUGCUUAGAAGAACGAAAUAACAUACUAGCUUCAAUAUAUGGCAGCAGCACUGCUUCUACAAAUUUCACUAAUGAGACACACAGCAUUUCUCCUCCUCUUCCAGAAUGUGAUUUAGAAAAGGAAUUAGACAAUUCUGCUUCAGGUACUGGUUUAGCAUUCAUCAUAUUUACAGAAGCCAUAAACCAAUUUCCUGGAGCACAAUUCUGGUCUGUGCUUUUCUUUCUGAUGCUUUUUACACUUGGGAUAGACUCUCAGUUUGGUACACUAGAAGGUGUUGUUACUUCUAUAGUAGACAUGAAGUUAUUUCCUAACCUCCGCAAGGAAAUUCUAACAGGGGGCCUGUGUCUUAUAUGUUGUGGCAUAUCUAUGGCUUUUGCCCAUGGUGCUGGCAGUUAUGUAUUCAUCUUGUUUGAUAACUUCAGUGGAAACUUUCCAUUGCUCAUUAUUGCCUUCUUUGAAUGUGUGGGUGUUUCUUAUGUAUAUGGACUAAAAAGGUUUGCUGAUGAUAUAGAAAUGAUGACAGGCAAGAGGCCAGGCCUGUACUGGCUUAUCUGCUGGAAAUACCUGUCACCACUAGCUAUGCUGUCAAUACUUGUAGCAAGCUUUGUGGAAAUAGCAGUAGAUGGCAGUGGCUACCCAGCAUGGGUUGCCAGCAAAGGAAUAACGGAGCGUCAUGAGUGGCCUGUGUGGGCACUUGUGCUUAUUGCAUUUCUGAUACUCAUCUCUGUUCUGUGGAUUCCAGCUGUAGCCAUAUGCAGGGCCUUUGGCAUCCUUAUCAUUGAAGAUAAUGACAAGGCAUGGUUUCCAUCAGAAGAUCUGAGAGAAUAUCAUGGCAUUGUGCCACAUGAAGUAACAGCUGCUGAGAAAGUCCUCUUCUGCAUUCGGGAUGAUGGUACAGAAGGGCUCUGCUGUCCAACAAGAGUAACAGAUGAAGAAGAUGACACAUAG